AUGGGUGCUUGCUUUGGAAACUCAAAUAAAGCAAAAGCUCCAGAAAAUAGCAAGACAAGAAUCUCUCAAGAAGACAAAGAAAUAGCCCAGCUCAAAUCAACCCGAGAUAAAGUCAAGCAUUUUCUCAAAAAGCUAGAAAGCAACAUCCAGAGCUGUAAAGAAGCUGUCAAAACUUGCAUUAAAAAUAAAGACAAGCCCAGGGCCAUGCUAGCACUGAAAAAGCAAAAAUAUCUUGAGAAGAACUUGGAAAGUGGUCAAAAUCAACUCAUAAAUUUGGAGCAGAUUAUUAAUGAUGUUGAGCAAGCACAAAUUCAAAGAGAUGUCGUCCAAGCAAUGAAGCAGGGUACUGAAUUUCUCAAGCAAAUUAACGAUCAGCUCACAAUCAAUGACGUUGAAAAGCUUAUGGCUGACACUGAAGAUGCUAUUGAGUACCAGCAAGAAAUUGGAAGAUUACUUGCUCAGCAAGGAAUUCAGGAAAGCGACCAAGAUUUAGAAAAGGAACUUGAAAAAUUGGAUGAAGUUGAAGCUCUAGAAGUGGAAUCAGAAAUCCCAGCACCACCCAAACACAAGAAGCAUAAGAAGAAAAAGGUAUUUGAGGAAGAGGAAAAUGAAGAAAAAGUUGAAGUUUAUGCUUAG